AGGGCGGGAGCCGGCCCGCAGGGGCGAGGCGGCCCGAGGAGAGGGGGGAAGGACGAGGGGCCGGGCCGAGGAAGGGCAACGCGGGCCGGCGGGGGCUGAAGCGAGCCGGCCGGCGGGCAGGGGAAGGCUGGCUCCCUGCGGCGGGCGCUCGCAGGUCAGGAGGCGGCUGCGCCGGUGGCUCCCCGCGUUCCUGGCUCUCGGCUGUUGGGCGCCCCACGCCAUGUUCUCGGUGCUCUCCUAUGGCAGGCUGGUGGCCCGGGCAGUCCUGGGCGGCCUCUCGCAGACGGACUCCCGUGACUACAGCUUGGUGACAGCCAGCUGUGGCUUCGGUAAAGAUUUCCGUAAGGGCAUCCUCAAGAAAGGCAUGUGCUACGGGGAUGACGCCUGCUUCGUGGCCCGACACCGCUCGGCAGAUGUGCUGGGGGUGGCAGAUGGUGUAGGUGGCUGGAGAGACUAUGGGGUUGACCCUUCUCAGUUCUCAGGGACUCUAAUGCGAACAUGUGAACGUUUAGUAAAAGAAGGACGGUUUGUACCAAGCAAUCCUGUUGGGAUUCUCACCGCAGGUUAUUGUGAGCUGCUGCAGAACAAAGUACCUUUGCUUGGAAGCAGUACAGCUUGUAUAGUAGUUCUGGACAGAACAAGUCAUCGUUUACACACAGCAAACUUGGGAGAUUCUGGAUUUUUGGUAGUCAGAGGAGGAGAAGUAGUACAUCGAUCUGAUGAGCAGCAGCAUUACUUCAACACUCCGUUCCAACUGUCAAUAGCUCCACCAGAAGCAGAAGGAGUUGUUUUAAGUGACAGCCCUGAUGCUGCUGAUAGUACUUCUUUUGAUGUCCAACUUGGAGACAUUAUUUUGACUGCGACAGAUGGACUGUUUGACAACAUGCCUGACUACAUGAUUCUGCAGGAGUUAAAAAAGCUGAAGAACUCCAACUAUGAGAGUAUACAGCAGACUGCAAGAAGCAUUGCUGAGCAAGCUCACGAGCUGGCAUAUGAUCCCACUUACAUGUCGCCGUUUGCACAGUUUGCAUGUGACAAUGGAUUGAAUGUGAGAGGGGGAAAACCAGAUGACAUCACCGUCCUUCUUUCUAUUGUAGCCGAGUAUACAGACUGAUUUGCCUGGGGUGUCAGCUUCUGAUGUUUUGUUCUCCCUGAGCUCCUAGCAUCACACGUACGGUUUCCUGCUGGCAGGAUUGCUUUCUUCCUUCGCAGCUGAUCUCAGCAGCUGGUUCUCGAGCUCAUUGCCUGUCUUGAGACACAACUGAAGUCCCUGUUAAGAACCACUCUCGUAGUACACUGGUCUUUGUCUGCCAGCAAGAAAUGAAGAAGCUCAAGGCUUGAAGCAUGUCUUUCAGAGCUUAGUCAUUGCCCUUAAAGGGGGAGGAUCAAUCCCACGUCGUUACUGCAUUUGAAAUGUGACUGACUUUCAAAGGAGUAGAAUUGGUUUCUCAUCUUUCAAGCUAGAUUCAAUAGCUAAAACCUCUGCAAGAGGGCAUAUUACUCUAUUUACUAGAAAAGUUCAUCAUUCAUUAAAGGGUAUGUUACAGAACACAGUUUCAUAAGCAUAGUCUUGUUACAGUGAUAGCUGAGGUUUCGUGUUUCUAAGCUCCAGUUUUCAGGAGGUUUAUAACUGCUGUAAACAUUCUGCUCUUGCCAUACAUGGUGUCAGCCUAGGAGCCUUUUCUAGUACGAAAUUUCAAAAAACAUACUUAGUUCAAGUUAUAUGGAUGCAAAUGUGUUUUGUGAUUUCAGGUGCUUAACUGUGAUCUUUAAAGUUCUGCAGAUCAUUCGUCCAUAAUGGGCCUGGUAUCUGGAUGUUUUGGCUGUGGAUAACUUUUUUUUUUUUUUUUUUUUUUUAAAUUAACUCAGUCUCAAAAAGCCAAGCUGGCCAAAGUUGAGGUCCUUUCAGCAUUUUAACCCAUCUCACCGGUGUGGGAUGAUAUGGCAUAGAUGCUACAGUGGGAGGUUGCACAGAGAACAGAUCAUCCUCAACUUUUGACUGGCUUCACUUUUGGUAGAUAAUUCUGUUGUUAACGAGAUGUAAUUUAUGUUACUAAUUGCCAUUCUCGCUUGUGUAGAACAGAAUAUGCUGCACCAGUUGAAGUCCAGUUGAUCCUUAUCUUUCUGACUCUGAAACAAGCACCUCUUUGCUUAUGCUGUAGCAGCAGCAGUAAGUAUGUAAAUGGAAACUAUUAAUGAAUAAUCAGUAAAACUUACAUUUCAGUAACUAAAGUUUAGGGUUUUCGGAAUGAACCUUAAUGAUGUUUACAGUUAUCUAACAGCCACUUUGCAAUAUUACAUUUCCUUUUGAAUUACAGUAGCUCACAUUUGUUCCCCCGUUCCAGCAAGCUUUCCUUUUCCUUUCCUGAGGUUCAUACAAAAAGCUGAUAGCUGUAAAGAUAUAUAUAUUUUUGGUCAGUUUUUCAUUAACUUUUUUGCUGGUAGAGAAGUAUGUAGAAAUAAAUUAAAGCCAUGUUUUUAUAUAUAAAAAGUCGGGUAAUGUUGCUGUUUAGGUGAGUGCAGUUAAACUUGGUCAGUAAGUAAUCUUACCUGCUCUCAAAGGGAGAUUUUUACUACCUGGUUUAUUGUAUUAAAACUGUUUAAGUUUGAGGUUACCUCAACUUGUUUAAAGAAUUUUUGUGGACUUGUACUGUAUAUUUGCGUAACUAUGUCAAGCUUUUAUUUAAGGUCAUUUAACAUGUACCAUGUACAUGUCAUUUACUAUAUUUCAAUGCAUCAUGCUUGUAACAGGCAUUUCAUUUAUAAGAAUAAGUGAUUAAUUUGGGAGCUCUUCAGUAAUUUAUCUGCUAUUCCUAAAUUGGCAUAAUGUUAGCUAUCUAUUUUAAAUCACCUUAUAAUUACUUGUCAAAAUGCCUUAACUACCCUAACUUGACCAAAAUACUAUUUUGGUGAGGGUACGGGGAGGAUUAUAUUAAUGAAGAAAAAUUAAUUAGUUUUGCGAUCCAUGAACAGUGAGUGGUGGAUAACUUUGCACAAAUUGUCAGUCCUUGUUGUUUUUUAAAACUGAACAAGCUGUAUCUAGCUGUCUCGUCAGAAGGAAUGUAUUCUCGCUGCAGUACAGGGCUUUGUUUCUAGCGUUUGGGAGGGGCGUCUCUCUCUCAAAUCUGGGUGUCUUUACAUUUUAUUCUCCAGUAUUUACUAUCACGCUUCUUGAUUAGAGCAGAUUUGAUCAAUUAUUAUUCCCCUUGAACUUUCCUUGAAACGAUGCCCCCGCAGACCCGGGCUGUGUUGCACUCUGACCCCUCGCCCCAGCCCCGGUGUCCCCCUGCUUUGCAGAGCUCUGCGGCCUGAGCCACAGCUACAGAGCUGUUUGCCUCGUAUCACAUUGUGAGGAUUUUCUUUUUUUUUUUUUUUUUUUUUUUUUAAUAAAGAACAAAUUUGGAUUUUGAUUUGCAAAUCAUGAGUUUAUCCCUCACCAGACACACCAAAGACCAGUAAAGCUUAUAGCUUUUCCAUCUGUUUAUAAAGCAAUACUGUAUUAUAAAUAAUUGAUAUUUUUAUCACAUGCUUGAUUGUUUUGGGGUUUUUUUGCCUUUUAUUUUUGGGGGGUGUGUGUGUUUGUUUGUGUUUGGAAUUUUUUUUUUUUUUUAAGAUGUGCACUCUAAACAUAUCAAACCUAAUUUCUUCCUAUGAACUUAAGCUGUCUGCGCACAAAAAAAAAUUUUUGGAAAAGGAAAUGACAGGGCCCACUUUAUCAAAAUAAUUGUAAACGAUGCAUGAAGCAGUAACACUUCCUAGGAAUUAGAUUAUUGUGACUAUUCACGAGAGGAACGCACAGGAAAGGUGUUCCCUGACACAGAGGCGUGCAUGCACGAAGCACAGGCUGCUGCAGGGGGUGUUCUCAGGAGCUGGUGGUUUGGGAGCAGCGAGCUGAAGGAAAAGGAAAGGGUUUAGAGACCAGUAACCACGUAAUGUCCCAGGACUGGCAGGAGCUGGGAUUUCUGCAGCAGCGUCACCAGGGAGUCGGGUAAAACAGGGCUAAGAUGUGGUGAAUUGGAAAAACGCUGUGGUUUCUUGCUACUUUGAAGGCUGUCUUUGGGAGACCUGCUACAUCCAGUUUCCCUCUAAACGUACUCCUUUGUUUCUGAAGAAGGUAUGGCUGAACAAAAAACCAAAACAAAAACUAGAUUUUGGGACCAGUUAGGACCGAGUCAAGGAGAAGGGAGAGGCGAAGGUCUGGCAAAGGUAUGAAGGGUUUUGUGAUGGAACCUCCAUCUCUUGGUCAUGGAUGUCCUUUCUCCAGGGAAAAAAACAGAUUGUGUGUGCAGAAACUGGCUGUGCAGGGUAGUUGCUCCCAAAGACGGCUGAGACAAUGAAGCAAAUCUGAGUCUGUAUCUAAUGAGGAUGCUUUUUUGUUGUUGUUCAAAUGAGACUAUCAUCUAUGCUUACCUAAGAGGCAAUUAUGUGAAUUUCAUGUCUGAGGUAUAACUUAUGCAGGAAUAGUUCUGUAAAUACAUUUAAAUGAAUUGUAAAGAUAUUUAAUAAAUAUAGUAUUUAUACUAAAA